AUGGUGGGACGGCUCCAUCCCUCCGGGUUGAAGAUCACCAUGGAGGUCAACAACUACUUCCUCAACAACUGGCCCUUCCCUGACGAGCGAACCAAGCUCCAGUUUGUUGCUGAAGGACUCCCGACAUGGCACUUAUGCCAGUACCCGACGGCCCGCGAGGACCGGGUCGGGGCUGCUUGCCGCUUCAUGGUAAUGCUCUUCCUUGUUGAUGACUUGCUAGAGCACCUUUCUCUGAAGGAGGGCUCAUCAUACAAUGAACGAUUGAUCUCCAUCGUCAAGAGCGAGACAGCGCCUGCUCAAGACUCCCCGAUCGAGAAGAUGGUUCUGGAUAUCUGGGAAGAUAUGAGGUCCAUUGACAAGAAGCUCUCGGAUGAUAUUGAAGAGCCUACUUUUGCGUUUUGGCGGUCUCAAAACGACAAGGAUCGACUGGCGAAGAAGAGUGUGGCAGAAUAUCUCAAGUAUCGAGAGCUGGACGUCGCUUCUGCGGUACUCCUAGCCACUCAGCGAUUCCAGGACGGAAUCAGUCUCAGCAAAGAGGAGCUCGCCUCAGUUGCCGAUCUCGAACUCAACUACACGCACCACGUCUCCGUCAUCAACGAUGUCAUGAGCUGGGAUAAGGAGCUUCGCGCUUCUAAAGACAUUGCUGCCGAGGGGUCCAUUGUCAGUAACAUUGUGCAAACUCUGGCUGACGAGAGUGGCCUUGACUACGAUGGUGCGAAGCGGAUCUGCUGGGUCAUGAUCCGGGAGUGGGAGAGACAGCACGAUGCCAUGGUACAGCAGAGGCUCCAAGAGGGUUGCUCAGAUGCACUGAAGACCUACAUGGAGGGUAUCGAACUUCAGAUGAGUGGUAAUGAGUUGUGGAGUCGAACUACGCACCGCUAUAAUGCUCCUCACCUCAAAUAG